AUGACAAGGACACGCAACUUAGUUGAGCUGCCAAAAAGCGUGAAGCCUUUUUCCUUGUCCCAAACGGCCCCUAACCCCACUUUUGUAUGUCUGCUGAUUGCCUUUGCUGACCGGAUAUUAUUCGCCUAUGCACUACGUCGUUUGCUACUUCUGAUCCGAACCUCAGUUUCUCAGUCGAAGACAAGAGGAGUGUUUAUAUUGAAUCCACCAAGUUUGCGGUUACAAAUGGCGUUGGAAGAGGAUAAUUUGAAGAAGAAAAUAACUAUUGGAGUCUGUGUAAUGGAAAAGAAGGUGAAGUGCGGCUCCGAGGCCUUUUCAGGACCCAUGUUGCAGAUUUUAGAGAGAUUACAGGCGUUUGGAGAAUUUGAGAUAGUUCAUUUUGGUGAUAAAGUGAUCCUUGAAGAUCCUAUUGAGAGCUGGCCUAUAUGCGAAUGCCUGAUCGCCUUCUAUUCAUCUGGCUAUCCUCUGCAGAGGGCUGAAGCUUAUGCUGCGCUUAGGAAGCCUUUCCUCGUAAAUGAAUUGGGACAACAACGUCUUCUUCAUGAUCGGAGAAAAGUUUACGAGGACUAUGAGCACUCCAAAGAAGAUAUUGCUGAAGAAUUAAAGCGAAUAAAUGAAAUUUAUGAACGGCUUGAAAUGUUUGGUAUCCCUGUUCCAAGAUACGCAUUAGUUAACAGGGAAUUUCCAAGUCAAGAUCUGGAUUAUUUUGUCGAGGAAGAAGAUUUCGUUGAGGUCCAUGGGAAUCGAUUCUGGAAGCCUUUUGUGGAGAAGCCUGUUGAUGGCGAUGAUCACAGUAUAAUGAUAUAUUACCCCAGUUCAGCUGGUGGGGGAAUGAAGGAGUUGUUCCGCAAGGUUGGUAAUCGCUCAAGUGAAUUUCACCCAGAGGUCAGAAGAGUGAGGCGUGAGGGGUCUUACAUAUAUGAGGAAUUUAUGCCUACUGGGGGAACAGAUGUGAAGGUUUAUACUGUGGGCCCUGAGUACGCUCAUGCAGAGGCAAGGAAGUCCCCUGUAGUUGAUGGUGUUGUUAUGAGAAAUCCUGAUGGUAAAGAAGUCAGAUAUCCUGUCCUUCUUACUCCUGCAGAGAAGCAAAUGGCAAGAGAAGUUUGCAUUGCAUUUAGACAAGCUGUCUGUGGAUUUGAUCUAUUGCGUUGUGAGGGACGAUCCUAUGUGUGUGAUGUCAAUGGAUGGAGCUUCGUCAAGAACUCUUACAAAUAUUAUGAUGAUGCUGCAUGUGUAUUGAGGAAGAUGUUUCUUGAUGCAAAAGCCCCACAUCUCUCUUCAACAAUUCCUCCAACUCUGCCAUGGAAAGUAGAGCCAGUUCAGCAGUGUGAAGGACUAACACGGCAGGGAAGUGGGAUAAUUGGGACAUUCGGGCAGUCCGAAGAGCUACGUUGUGUAAUUGCCAUCAUUCGUCAUGGUGACAGAACUCCAAAGCAGAAAGUCAAGUUGAAAGUCACUGAAGAAAAACUUUUAAAUUUGAUGUUAAAAUAUAAUGGAGGAAGGCCUAGGGCAGAGACAAAGCUUAAAAGUGCAGUUCAGUUGCAAGAUCUUUUGGAUGCAACACGAAUUUUAGUUCCUCGUGCUAGACAUGGUCGAGAAAGCGAUAGUGAGGCUGAGGACAUUGAGCAUGCUGAAAAGCUUCGCCAAGUGAAAGCUGUACUCGAGGAGGGGGGGCAUUUCUCCGGCAUAUAUAGAAAGGUCCAACUUAAGCCGUUAAAGUGGGUCAAGGUUCCCAAAGCAAAUGGUGAAGGAGAAGAUGAACGACCUACUGAGGCACUGAUGGUUCUUAAGUAUGGUGGUGUUCUUACUCAUGCUGGCAGAAAACAGGCUGAAGAACUGGGUAGAUAUUUUCGGAAUAAUAUGUAUCCAGGAGAAGGUACUGGCCUCCUUCGUCUGCACAGUACAUAUCGUCAUGAUCUGAAAAUAUAUAGCUCAGAUGAAGGCCGUGUACAGAUGUCAGCAGCUGCUUUUGCUAAGGGUCUUCUCGACUUGGAAGGACAAUUGACACCUAUUCUUGUUUCACUUGUCAGCAAGGACUCCUCAAUGUUGGAUGGACUUGACAAUGCCAGUGCUGAAAUAAAAGAAGCCAAGGCCAGGUUGAAUGAGAUUAUAACUUCUGGAAUUAAAGCUGUUCAGAGUAGUGGCUUACUGGAAAAGCCCUGGAUGGCUGAUGGAGCUGGGCUACCUCCAAAUGCCUCUGACUUAUUACCCAAAUUGGUAAAGCUAACCAAGAAGGUUACUGAGCAAGUAAGACUUCUUGCUAAGGAUGAAGAUGAGGAGCUUGUUGAGGCAAGUGCAUAUGAUGUAAUUCCUCCAUAUGACCAAGCGAAGGCGCUUGGUAAAACAAAUAUAGAUGUUGACCGGAUAGCUGCAGGGCUACCUUGCGGUAGUGAAGGAUUUCUUCUCAUGUUUGCUCGCUGGAGAAAACUUGAGAGAGAUUUGUAUAAUGAACGUAAAGAGCGGUUCGAUAUAACACAAAUUCCUGAUGUUUAUGACUCUUGCAAAUAUGAUCUCCUGCACAAUGCACAUCUAAAACUAGAAGGAUUGGAUGAACUAUUCCAAGUUGCUCAGUUACUUGCAGAUGGUGUAAUCCCAAACGAGUAUGGAAUCAAUCCAAUGCAGAAAUUAAAAAUUGGAUCGAAGAUUGCCCGGCGCGUGUUGGGGAAAAUCUUAAUUGAUCUGAGAAAUACACGAGAAGAAGCUAUCAGUGUUGCGGAAUUGAAGAGCAAUCAAGACAAUAAUUCAUCAGUCUCUAAUACUGGAAAAGAAGAUGCAGAUUACCAAUCAAAGUCUCAUAGUAAGAUUGAAGGCUUAAGAAGAGCUAGUUUUACCAGUGAUAUGUCAAUGGACCAAGAUGAUGACGAUGAUAAAGAAACUAAAUACCGUUUAGACCCCAAAUAUGCGAACGUGAAAACACCAGAGCGUCACGUGCGGACACGGCUGUACUUCACUUCAGAAUCCCAUAUCCAUUCAUUGAUGAAUGUUCUUCGCUAUUGCAACCUGGAUGAAUCUCUUCAAGAAGAACCGAGCCUUGUUAGUGAUAAUGGCUUAGAGAGAUUGUACAACACAAAGGAGCUUGAUUACAUGAGUUACAUUGUCUUGAGGUUGUUUGAGAACACCGAGGUCGCGUUGGAAGAUCCAAAGAGAUUCCGCAUAGAGAUGACAUUCAGCCGAGGUGCUGAUUUAUCACCAUUAGAGAUAAUUGAUAACGAGGUAGCUUCAUUACGCCAAGAGCACACAUUGCCAAUCAUGGGUCCUGAAAGACUGCAGGAAGUCGGGUCAUAUUUGACUCUAGAGACGAUGGAGAAGAUGAUUCGUCCAUUUGCGAUGCCAGCUGAAGACUUCCCUCCCCCUGCAGUCCCUCAAGGAUUCUCGGGCUAUUUUUCGAAAAGUGCAGCUGUGUUAGAACGCCUUGUCAAUCUCUGGCCUUUUCACAAGCACGGGAACACUAACGGUAAGUAAUGAAGAGUUUGGUUUUGGAUGGCUCACUUAGUUGGUAAGUUACUCACUAGUUCAGAGUACCAAACUGAAAAGUUUUUUGUAAGUGACCAAUGAGAUAUUGCUGAAUUUUGAUGUGCUUGCCGAAAUUGCCAUUUUUUUUUUUUUUUUUUUUU